AUGGCGGCUGUGGGUCUGCUGGAGUCCCUCAUGCUUUGCCCUUGGCUCAUUGAGAAGCUGCUUCCCUUUUAUUUGGAAUUCAGCCCAAGGACCUUGAACCUCAUCGAUGAGAUCACCAAGACUAAAGGGAACCCAACCAGGAUGGCGGAGAGGGAGAAAAUGAACACAAUGAACACAAUGAACACGGUCUGCGGCUGCUUCGGGGGCAUGGGCGGGUGCGCGAUGAUCGGCCAGUCGAUGAUCAACAUCGGCUCGGGCCGGGGAACCCGCGGAAUGCGCAGCUGGGGUAAAGAUGGGUCCAAAGCAGAGUCCAAAGAGUCUAAGCGAGAGCAGAAGAAGAGCGGACUCGACGACCGCUUCUUCUGCUUCUCUAUUUCCUUUACCUCGCCUUCAGGAGCCUUCCUGCUGGCCAUUGUGCUUGUAGCCUACCCAGCCAUCAAGCAGAUUCCUGUGAUGUUUAACGUCUGCUUCCACACCUUCGAAUGGAGCUCGCUGAAGCUCAUCUUCUUGGCUGCGAUGCCUCUUCAAGCAAGACGCAGGUUCCUUAGCGCCAAGGCAAGCAGCCAACAAAUUAGGCGCACGGAUGCCCUGGUCAUCAUCGUCGUGACCUUGGUCACGCUCUUCACAGACCUGGCGACAGCCGUGGCGGUUGGGAUGGUGAUCUCGCUCUUUGUCUUUGCUUUGGAGACCUCGAACACGAUCCAAGUCGUGGCCCGGGAGGACAGCCGCGACGGCGUGAAGGUCGGGAACAAAGCGGCCCGACUUCUCUCGCUCUUUGCCUUGAUCCCCGCGACUUCAGGUCUACGACGUACACGUUCAGACCUCAGCCUGGUCACCCUCGGUGCAGCGGAAGCAGCUUGUAUCACAAACCCCCCUUCAACCUUCCCACGCCGCCGGCGGUAUGCCUUGGAAGACCGCGCAGCUUCUGCCUCUGCAAGCAGAUCCCAGUCCCAGUCUUCUGGACAGGGCACGCUCUUCUUCGGCAGCACGUCGCACUUCUUGGAGCUCUUUGACGAGGAGAUUUCUUGGAAACGGAGUUCUGGAGUGCGGGAGAAUGGAGUUUCGACGGAGGGUCUUGCCAGGACAAAGACCCAGAUGACGUGUUUGGUGUUUGAGACUGGGCAUGUGGCCGACUUCUCUGCAGUGCAGGCACUCAACAAGCUUGGUGAGCGUUACGGAUCCGUGAGGAAGCGGCUCACCCUGCAGCAGCUCAUGCCCAAAACACACCGCGUCCUCUCCAGAGCACAAGGGCUACUGGUCGAGGAGAUCACCCUGUCCUUGGACCGGGAAGAGGUUCUUCCCGCCGUCCUCUCAGGAUUCUCUGCGUGCUGUUGGCAGAGUGGAAGUAUGUGCAGGUCUGCAAUUGAGUCAGAGUCGGAGGGAUGUCAGCAAACCUGA